AUGGCUUCCAAGAGAAUAGUAAAAGAACUCAAGGACUUGCAGAGAGAUCCACCAACUUCAUGCAGUGCAGGCCCUGUCGGCGAGGACAUGUUUCAUUGGCAAGCAACCAUCAUUGGUCCAAAUGAUAGUCCUUAUGCUGGUGGUGUUUUCCUUGUUACCAUUCAUUUUCCUCCUGAUUAUCCCUUCAAGCCUCCCAAGGUCGCGUUCAGGACCAAGGUAUUCCAUCCCAACAUUAACAGCAAUGGAAAUAUUUGCCUAGACAUACUCAAAGAACAAUGGAGUCCUGCUCUCACAAUAUCCAAGGUGCUGCUCUCUAUAUGCUCUCUGCUAACAGAUCCGAAUCCGGACGACCCUCUAGUGCCCGAAGUUGCUCAUAUGUGCAAAACCGACAGAGUCAAGUAUGAGUCCACUGCUAGAAGCUGGACUCAGAAGUUUGCCAUGGGAUAA